AUGUAUCGAAUGGUUUAUGUAAAUCCAAAACACGCUAAUCUUCAGUCAAUCCUAUGGCAUAGACCGGGGACCGACGGAAUUGAAGAAUAUCGGUUAUUGACUGUAUCCUUUGGCACAAGCAGCGCUGCCUUCCAGGCUAUUCGAAGUGUCCAUGAAGUGGGUGAACAAAUAAAAUCCUCCAAUCCAUCACUCGCAUCGGCCAUCCAAAAGGAUUUUUACGUUGAUGAUUUUUUGAAGUCGUUUUUUUCAACUGAUAUUGCGUUCAAAUUCAGGAAAGAGCUCGACGAUACAUUGAAUGAAUAUGGAUUCAAGCUUCGAAAAUGGAAAACAAACGAGCAACGAAUUCUGGAAAACGUUGACGACACAGAUCGUGAAGAAUGCAUCAGUUUCGAGUCAACAUUCAAAACUCUCGGCAUUGCAUGGCAAGCUCAUUCAGAUGAAUUCAUUUUCAAAUCGCUCGAACACGAAGCAGUUGGAACAUGGACAAAGCGCAAAGUAUUAUCAUCCAUCGCUAAGUUGUUUGAUCCAUUGGGAUGGUUAGCUCCCUGUAUCAUUAAAGCAAAGAUUUUGAUGCAGGACAUUUGGAGACUGUCUGACGAAAUCUCUUGGGAUUCAGAACUGCCCACUCAACUUGCUUCACAAUGGUCAUCGAUUUUCAAUGAAAUCACCAAACAAUGA